AUGUCCGAAAACCUCGCCCCCGAACCGGACGAAAAGGAGCCCAACGUCGACCUCCGCAUCACUUUCAACGAUGCCUCACAUCCUUCUGGCCGAGCUGGCCGCAGCAACGCCUUCGAUCGUGACCAGCCGCGUCCGCUGUCUCGAAAGAGGUCCCUGAGUCGUGGCUCGGCCACCAGCCGUCGCGACCUGCCCUCCUCGCCCUACUCUGGCGUCCAGAUUGAAUACCGCACCUUGUCCAUCCACGUCUCCGAGUCUCGCAAUGUCGAUUCGGAAGCGCUGGCUGAUCUCAAAGCCCCCAAGAAGGACGGGAAAGAGGAAUACUUCUCCAACUUGACCUUCCAUGAGCUCCAAGUCGGCCAGCUCUGCCAGCAACUCAACGUCUCUCAGGACGCUGGACUGUCGGAGAGUUCUGCAGCAAUGAGACUCCAGCGAGAUGGCAAGAACACACUUCCUCACCCCAAGACAAACUACUGGAAAAAGAUCCUCACCUACGUCUUUGGCGGCUUCUGCUCCGUUCUGUGGGUGGGCGUCGUCAUCUUCUUCAUCUGCUGGCGUCCCCUGAGCAACCCCCCCUCGCCAACAAACCUGGCCCUUGCUAUUCUUGUCCUCAUCGUCAUUGUCCUCCAGGCGGGCUUCUCUGCCUUCCAGGAUUGGUCCACCUCGCGUACUAUGAAAUCCAUCACCGACCUGCUCCCUUCGGAUGCUCUGGUGCUGCGCGAUGGCCAGCUGAUGAAGCUGCGGGCCACUGAGCUCGUGAGCGGAGAUGUCGUCCACUUGAACAUUGGCAACAAGGUGCCUGCGGAUAUGCGCAUCAUCGAGCAUUCCGGCGACCUUCGCUUCGACCGUGCCGUCUUGACCGGCGAAUCGGACGAAAUCGAGGCUUCAGUCGACCAAACGGAUGAAAACUUUCUCGAGAGCCGCAACAUUGCUCUUAUGGGCACUCUUGUCGUCAACGGAGGUGGCGUUGGGGUUGUUGUCCUGACCGGUCCUCGCUCCGUCAUGGGUCGCAUUGCGGAUGCCACUGCCUCUGCAGAGGAGCGCCCGACUUUGAUUCAAAGAGAGAUUACACGAUUCGUUUACAUCAUUGUCGCGUUGACUGUUGUUCUCGCUCUGAUUAUCCUGCUUACCUGGGUCGGAUGGCUGCGUAGGGACCACUUUGCUUACAUGAACGUCGUGGCCAUGCUCAACAAUGUCAUGGGCUGUGUCGUCGCCUUCAUUCCCGAGGGCAUGCCUGUUGGUGUCGCCCUGACACUCAUGAUGGUGGCAAGACGCAUGAAGGCCUCAAACGUCUUGCCCAAAGGCCUUUCUACCGUCGAGACGUUGGGUUGUGUCAACGUCAUUUGCUCCGAUAAGACGGGCACCUUGACGCAGAAUCAAAUGCAUGUCAACUCUGUUGCCUUUGUCGACGAGCCCAUUGCCAUUCAAGACGUCUACCACAAUCUCGGCAGCGGCAACGUCGAUGCUGGCGUGGGAAAGCUUCACCAAGCCGCUUCGCUUUGCAACGAUGCCACGUUUGCGCCGCAAACUAUUCACCUCCCUGUUGCAUCCCGAACCAUCCAAGGCAAUGCUACAGAUGGCGCCGUCCUCAGAUUCACCGCCGAUGCUCCGAUCAGGAACGGGAAAGCAGAGCAACCUACCAAGGUCUUCCAGAUCCCCUUCAACUCCAAGAACAAGUGGAUGCUCACCAUGUACAGAAUCCCUUCGGAAAGCCAAGCUCUCAACGAAUUCCAAGUCUUUGUCAAGGGAGCUCCUGACGUCCUCCUGCCCUCCUGCACAGCCUACUGGUCUCGCAAAUCAAGAUGCGUCAUGCCUCUUGACGCAACUGCAAAGACUGCCUUCAAGGAAUACCAGGACAAGCUGUCCAAGAACGCCGAGCGUGUCAUUGUCCUCUGCAUGAAAAGCAUGAUUGUUCAGGAUGCCAUGGGCACCAACGCCUUCAGCGACGAGGUAACCAGCCGCGCCAUUGAUGACCUUGUAGUUGUCGGUAUCUUGGGUAUCACGGACCCCCCUCGCCCCGAGACUCUGGACACCGUCAAGGAGUGUCGUCGCGCGGGCACAAGAUUCUUCAUGGUGACUGGUGACUACGGAUUGACCGCCGCUGCCAUUGCGCGCAACGUGGGCAUCUUCACUGGCGAACGAGAUCCUGACACCGUCGCCACCAUCAAGGCCAACAACGACGUCGACGCCGUCAAGAAGUUGAACAGCGCUCGCGUUGCUGGAGAAUGCCACAGCCUCCUUCUCGAGGGACACAGCCUUGGCGGCCUCGGCGAUGAGGAUUGGAGCGUCGUCUGUGAAUACCAGGAAAUUGUCUUUGCUCGCACGACGCCGGAGCAGAAACUUCGCAUUGUGGAAGAGUUCCGCAAGAGAAACAACGUUGUUGCCGUGACUGGCGACGGAGUCAACGACGCGCCUGCUCUCCGCGCUGCAGAUGUCGGCGUUGCCAUUGUUUCGGGCAGCGAUGUUGCCAUCGAGGCAGCCGAUCUCGUCUUGCUGGACCGCUUCGACUCCAUCAUUGACGCCAUCCGUCUCGGCCGUCUUGUCUUCCAGAAUCUGCAAAAGGUCAUUGCGUACCUUCUCCCCGCUGGUAGUUGGUCUGAGAUCUGGCCCGUCAUUCUCAACGUCUUCUUUGGUGUUCCUCUGCCCCUCAGCUCGUUCCUCAUGAUUAUGAUUUGUGUCUUCACCGAUCUGUUCUUGUCGCUGUCUCUCAUCAUGGAGAAGGAGGAGUUUGACCUCCUGUCACUGCCUCCUCGCAAUCACAAGAAGGACCAUCUCAUCAACUUCAAGAUUUAUGGUCAGGCAUACCUCUUCACCGGUACGGCCGAGACUCUCUGCGCUCACUCCAUGUUCUUCUUGUACAUGUGGAGGGCAGCCGGCAUUCCCGUCAGCCAGCUGUUCUUCCUCUUCGAGGGCUACAGCGAGGGGUUCCACGGAUACACCCAGGACGAGCUCAAUCACUUCAACUACACCGGCCAGUGUGUCUACUUCGUCACCCUCGUCAUUCUCCAAUGGGGCAACAUCCUGUCUGUUCGCAACCGCCGCCUCAGCAUCCUCCAGGCCGAUCCCUUCACCCAGAAGCGUCGUAACCCUUGGCUGCUGCUCAGCAUGCUCAUCAGUCUCGCCAUUGCCAUCUUCGUCACCGAAGUCCCAGGUCUUCAGACAUUGUUCCUCACGGCGUCGGUUCCCAUUGAGUAUUGGUUUAUUCCUAUUCCUCUGGCUUUGGGAAUUCUUGUCCUGGAUGAACUGCGCAAGCUGCUUGUUCGACUGUUUCCCAACGGACCUGUGGCAAAGGUUGCAUGGUAA